AUGGACCCCCUCAAGCGCGAGCGCCGCAAGCGGCGGGAGGCCAAGAAGAAGGCGCGAGUCCGCUCCGCGCAGUACGCGGCCGGCGCGGACGCGGGGGAGGACGCGGCGGGGGCGCCCGACGACGAGCGGCUCUUCAGCCUCGGAGACCUGCCGGGCGGCGCGCCGCAGCCGGCCAAGCGCCGCAAGGGCGCCGGCGGCGCGCUGGCGGGCGUGGCGGAGGCGGCGGCGCCGAACGAGGACCUAUUGGAGGCUAUAGAGGCGGACAGCGACGACGAGGGCGGCGGCAGCGGGGACGAGAGCGAGGAGUCUGACGAGGACGGCCUGGCCUAUGAGCGGCGGUUGGAGGCGGACCUGGAGAGAAGCUACGAGGAGUACCUGGCGCGGCGCGGGGACAGGGCCGUCGCCGCACGCGAGAAGCGCAGCCGGCUGCGCAAGCGCGGCGGCGACCUGUCAGACGACGAGGACGCGCCAGCUGGCGCCGACGACGUCAUCACCAGCGAGGAUGACGACAGCGGCGACGACGCGUACGAGGCGUUUACGGCCGCGCGGGCCGAGGCGGAGGCAGCAGAGGCGGGCCGCGGGGCAGGGCUGCUGGUGCGGUUGGAGGAGGGGCGGGCCGGGGUGGCCAAGGGCGGCAAGGCGGCGGCGGCUCAGUGGUUUGGGCAGGAUGUGUUCGACGACCCGAAUGUGCUGGGGCCGGAGGACAGCGACGAGGAGGAGGAGGAGGGGCAGCAGCAGCAGCAGCAGGCGGGCAAGGGCCGGGGCGGGGCGGCGGAGGCGGGGGCGGCGGAGGGCAAGGCCGCGGCGAAGAAGGGCAAGCGCGCCGCUGCCGCCGCCGCCGAGCAGCCCACGGUCGGCCCGGCCUUCGGCCCGCAGCAGCAGGAGCAGCAGCAGCAGGGCGCCAAGCGCAAGCGCGGCGGCGCCGCCGCCGCCGCCGCCGCGGCGCCGGCGGCCGCGGGCGGGGUUGACGACGGCGGCGACGACGGCGGCGUGAGCAGCGGGAGUGAGGAGGGGGACUCUGAUUUGGAGGAAUUCGAGUCGCUCGACGACCACAGCCGCGCCCAGGUGCUGGCGCUGGCCAAGAAGAUGCUGCGGCGGAAGGACAAGGAGAGCGUGAUGGACGCGGCCUACAACAG